AAAUCUCUCUAUACCAUAUGAAUAUACUAUAGAAUGGAACUUUCCAAACGGAACCAUGCUACAUAGGCGGUUAUCUUAAUUAUGCCCCACAGUACACAUGGUCAGCAGUUAAUCAAACCAAGUAUGAUGGCUCAUGGUAUCAGUGAGUAUACUUGACGACGAAGGUUCGCAUAUAUAACAAUAACUCAGUAAAUAUCUUCACGCGUAGCUUCGUCAACUCAUUUUGACGGCAACCAUUGCAAACUCUUUAAGGAUACGAAGUUAUUUAAAACAUCACCCACUAUUAUUAACAACAGUGGUCUUCACUCAUGCAUACCAGAAUAGUCUUGUGACUUUUUGUUAUCGAAAAUCAUCACGUAACUUUGGAGUGUUUAACUUAAUAUUCUUGUACUUCUCGGAUAUGAAAAUUUAUAUAUUUCAACGUCGUUAGAAGAGGCUCGUGAGGGAAAUUAAUUUGGCUCGGUAUAUCCAAUGUUUUUAUGCUAGCCGCUCAUGUGCUAGCUGAGAUUAAAUCAGAUUCAAGUGGCUUCCCAGGGAUAUUAGACCACGGAAUGUCAUAUUUUGCAUUCUUGAUUCAAGUAUUAUUUAUUGUAUUUGUAUACACACAAUGAUGACUCGCCCAUAAAUAUAUUUGACGGAGUGAAUGAUCUAGGCUUAUUCUCAAUAUAUUCACAGACUUAUUCCAAAUAUGCUUCAGAGAAAUUUACUAUUUCGAGCAUUUUCUUUCUGAAACUCAUAACUUAAAAAGCGGAAUAAAUAAUCAUAUUUUUCGGCCCCAGUACACUGUAGUAUGUAUCUCCUCCAAGUCCAAGCUAAAAUACUCUUCCUGUGCUAAAUCUCGUUCCUGAUUUUUGGCCGUGGUAGGAGAUUUGUGUGCCUAGUUUACUCUUUGGUCACUCUGUGGUAAAUUAACGUUUCUUAUGCUUCAUUCAAGUUCACGGGACAUAAUAAAAUCAGCUCAUAUUUACAGACCAUUAAGAUUCAUUAGCCUACCAAAACAUUCAAAACAAAGACAAAAAACUUCGUUGUUUCAAAGACCGUUUGUUAGAGACUUAGAGUCAAAAAGUUUUUAUCAGAACCUUUCCUAACCCCAACCUUUUGCGCUAACUUGUAGCCUGCGAACAGGCUCGAUUCAGUCGAAUGUGUAAUUUCAAACGCCAUUAAACUGUGUUGUUAAAUAACCUGUAUUGCAACGUUUAAAAGAUGCCUCCACUAGCUUUACCUUCAGAGUAUGGUUAUGUCAUAUUGACUGGCCUUUCUAGUGUUUUUGUGUUGGUGUAUAUGGGCCUGCAAGUUGGAAAAGCCAGAAAAAAAUUCAAAGUAGAUUAUCCAAGAAUGUAUGAUGACAGUCAGCCAGUAUUUAAUUGCUAUCAGAGAGCUCAUCAAAACACAUUGGAGACCUAUCCCCAGUUUCUGAUGCUGCUCUUUGUUGGAGGAUUAAGACAUCCUUGCAUCAGCUCCCUGGCUGGCAUCAUCUGGAUCAUAUCCAGAAUUGUUUACGCAUUUGGCUACUACACUGGUGAUCCCAAAAAUCGCAAACGUGCUACAUUUGGUUUGGGUGGGGCUUUUGUUCUUAUCAUCUGCACUGUUUCUACGGCUGUACAACUGCUACUUGGUUGAACACUCCAUUUAAACACUAAAUAUUGUGUAUCAUAUAUACUUAAUUGUCUUUUUUUUCUAUCAUGGACACCGCGUCGUUUACAAACUGUCAUGUCAUGUACAUUGACAAUAUACAUUUUAUUUCACUGCCAAUACGUCCGUGUAGAACUAUGACUAAUUCUUCUGAUUCUCGAUUUGUUCAA